AUGGUUUCCCUACUGUCUCAUACAGUCCGAUCUUCUCUUCAAGAACUACGUGAUAUGAUAAAGUGUAGCGUGGGCUGCGAUGCCACUGAGGACUCGGAUUCCACCUUACGCGGGUUGUUGAGCCGCUUCAACUCCAUCCUUGCGUCAAGUGGCGACGAUAAUACCACCAAUGCCGUCAAACGUGAGAGCUCGACACCAUGGAGCACUCUGCUGACCGACAUAUUUGAUUUCCUCGAGAAGAAUACUUCCCUUUUAUCUGAUGAGAAGAGUCAAGCCCUUCGGAUUCAUGAAGAUAUUGGAAUUCUGAUUGACAUUGCUCACACAAGAGCACUGAGAGAGGGCAUAAACGAUAAGUCUUACUUGAUGGAGCGUAUCAUCAAGCUCGCAGCUUCGUUGCCUGAUGGCUCAGAAACCCGGAAUGCAAUUACGGGAAUUCUUGUCAAGGGAUUGUGGGAUAGUUUGCAACACCCUCCAUUAUCCCUUCUUGGUGACGAAUUUGUUUAUCGCACCGCAGAUGGGUCGAACAAUAAUGUCAUGUACCCGAAGCUUGGGAUGGCAGGCUCAAGCUAUGCCAAGUCGGUCAGAUCACUGACCCAAGAGAGAACAUAUCCUGAUCCCUCAGAGGUGUUUGAUAAACUUCUGGCUCGUCGAGGACUGCCGAAAGAUCAUCCCAACAAGAUCUCGAGUGCGCUGUUUUACCUAGCCAUUAUUAUCAUUCACGAUCUGUUCCGCACUAGUAAUGACACAGACAAUCAAACCCCGAUUUCCAACGUCUCAUCCACUUCGUCCUACCUAGAUUUAUCCCCUUUAUAUGGGAACAAUGACCAGGAACAACAUGCUGUGCGAACUAUGAAGGAUGGCAUGCUCAAGCCUGAUACAUUCUCUGAACAUCGUAUUCUUGGGUUUCCACCAGGCGCCUCCGCUUUACUGAUUUCGUUCAAUCGCUUCCAUAAUUAUGUCGCUGAGAACUUGAAACAAAUCAACGAAGGAGGACGUUUCAGUUUGAAUCCAAGCUUGAGCAAGGAUACCGCAGAGAAAGUUGCUGAUAACGCCCUUUUUAACACCGCAAGGCUCAUUACUUGCGGGCUAUACGUCAACAUCAUUCUCUCCGAUUAUGUGAAGACUAUCCUGAACAUGAACUAUUCCCCAAAUACCAGCUGGGUUUUAGAUCCCCGAGAGUCAUACUCUGACGUCUUUAAAAAUAACACUGAACUCCCAAUGGGCACUGGAAACCAGGUUUCUGUGGAAUUUAACCUCAUUUACCGUUGGCAUGGCAAUCUCAGCGUAAGAGACGAGGCGUGGACGCAGGCUUUUAUGCAAGAUCUAUUCCCAGGCCAAGAUUUUACAAAAUUGCCGCUGGCAGAGUUUCUGAGGGGCUUGGGCGAGUGGAAGGACCGCGCCCUCGCGCAGAAACCUGAAAUCCGAACUUUUGGAAAUCUGAAGCGCAAUAGCUCUGGUGCUUUCGACACCAAAGAACUAGCAUCACUCAUUGCCCAGAGUACGCAGGACGUUAGCGCUGCGUUUGGUGCAAACCAAGUGCCUGAGGCUCUCAAGCUUAUUGUCAUUCUCGGAAUGAGCCAGGCACGUAGUUGGCACGUUGGAACGUUGAAUGAACUACGCAAAUUCAUGGGUCUUGCGCCACAUAAGAGCUUUGCCGAUAUUAACUCGGAUCCCGAAGUUCAGAAGGCUAUGGAAGCGCUGUAUAAGGACCCAGAUCACGUAGAAUUGUACCCCGGCGUGAUCUUCGAAGAGUCAAAGAAACCAGUCUACCCGGGUUCAGGUCUCUGUGCGGGUUUUACGAUCACCAGAGCUAUCUUGAGCGAUGCUGUGACAUUAGUCAGGGGUGACCGGUUCUAUACCCUCGUAUGCCUCCUAUGUCUUAAGAAAUAUGACUGGACUCCGGCCCAUAUGACGGAAUGGGGUUUUAAUCUCGUCCAACCCAAUAAGCCGCAGGAUAAACUUGCUCGCGGGGGUAAAAUACACCAUCUGCUUGACGUGGCAUUCCCUAACUUCUACGGAGAAAGGUCGGUCUGGAAGUUAUUCCCCUUCACAAAUCCAGACGAGAUCAAGCGUAUAUUUGAUAGGCAAGGUGUUGCGGGGCAAUAUGAUUUCUCAAGCCCAUUGUCAUAA